AUGACCAGAUUCGAGCUCCAUCCUCUCAAGUAUCCUGCGAAUCUGGGUUCAUCAUUUGCCGGGGAGGUCGUAUCGGUUGGAUCUAAUGUGACAAGCCUGAGAGCCGGAGAUCGCGUUGUCACCCUUCGAGGAAGCGACAAAGUGACCGAUUCUCGCUUUGGCGCUCACCAGAAAUACGCCCUAGCGGAGGCAGAAUGGAGCUCUAAGCUACUUUCAAACACAUCUUUUGAAAGUGGCGCAGUCACAAUCCUCAAUCUAACAACAGUCGUCGCCGCACUUUCCAUUCAUCUCGGUCUAGAUCGGCCGCCACUUUCCGGUUCUGCACAGCCGAAUGGUAAGAAAAUUCUCGUAUAUGGAGGCUCCAACCCAAGCGGUCAUCUAGCUAUCAAAUAUGCCGUGAGUGCUGGCUAUACAGUGAUAACAAUCUCCUCGCCUCUAAAUCACAAUUUCGUGCAAUCCCUCGGCCCGACAUAUAUAAUCGACCACACAGCUUCCGCAGAGAAAAUCGAAACGGAACUCCAUCAACAAGGUCCAUACUUUGCUAUCCUUGACACAAUUGGCCUCCCGCCCGUAACAAACAUUACCGCGAACUAUUUAUUCUCCAUCGGCGGAGGCGGGCACAAUAGUCUGACCCCAAGUCUCCCCGGAGCGGAUCCGCUCCCGGAGAACGUGGAACGCAGAUUCGCAUCGUAUGGCUGGGCGUUUGAGGAUCCGGCUCAGGCGGAAUUUGGUCGGUGGCUCUUUGAGGAGUACCUUCCUAAGGGAUUGGAGAGUGGUUUGAUUGUACCUACUAGGGCGCAAGUUGUUGAGCAAGUUGUUGAGGGGAGGCUGGGGAAUGUGCAGCAUGCGCUGGAUCUUAUGGCAGGUGGUACGGUGAGUGGGAGGAAGCUAGUUAUGUAUCUUUGA